ACCAAAUAAAUGUUCUAGAUGAACUUGAUUAUACUGGAAUUAGCUUAGAUAAGAAACAACAAACUAGUGAAAAUCUUGAUAAAAUGGUUGAUAACCAUUAUUAUAUUAUGAGUUCUUCGGCAAACAACAAAACCAUGUUGCAUCUUACGCAAAAGCAGACUUGUGAACUGAAGAUCAAGCUUUUUGCUUUUUGGAGG